AUGUCAAACUAAUAUUUAGACUAGGAUCAGUUCGAGUAAGAUUCUAAUCAAUCUCAACUUUCAUACCCCCUUUAAAGAUUUUUUGAAGAGAGUUCAUAAAAUUUAGACUCAUACGAACAUAUGCUCCUCAGAUAAAAUAGAAAUUGGUAUUGCAAAUAGUGUGAAAAUCAAUAUGCCAAUCAAGCUUCUUUCACUAAACAUUGCAUAAGCAUACAUAAUAGUUCAAAAAUUUAUAAAAAUUAACUAUACCGUCGUAUUUAAAUAGGAAGACCAAAAGGUAAACAAUCAAAUAAAUGA